GAGAAAGAGGGAGAAAAGAAGAAGAGGUGUCAGCUCGAACUCAUCUCGAACAACUGCUGUGCAAACUGCAAACUACGAACCACACUAGUUUUCACCUUUUACACGAAGCAGAAGAAGCAGAAGCAGAAGCAGAAGCAGAUGCUCUCGCUCGCUCGCAAGCAGUCGCCGCUGCGCCCCGCCGCGCUCCGCCGCUUCUCCGCCCCACUCGCCUCCCCCUCCUCUCCUCUUCCUCCUCUUCCUCCUCUUCCGCGCCCCACCACCGCCAUUAACCCUCGCCUCCCCCCUUCUCCUCCUCCUCCUCAUCCUCUCCUCCUCCGUCGACGAUCCUUCUCCUUCCAAUCACCCCUCGUCGCCGGCGUCGGAGACGACGCUCAAGACGACGACGGCGGCGGCGGCCUCUGCCCCGGGUGCGGUGUCCGCAUGCAGGGCUCUGACCCGACCCUCCCCGGCUUCUUCCUCCUCCCCUCCCCCAAAUCCGUCGACUACCGCGCGCCCCUCGACCGCCGCCUCCCCUCCCUCUCCCUCGACGACCCCCGCCUCUCCCUCUCCCUCAAAUCCGGCCUCUUCCCCCCCGACGACGACGACGACGACGACGACGACGACGACGAAGAAGAAGAAGAAGCCGACUCUUCCUCUUCGUCUUCGUCGUCGGCGGCGGCGUCGGUGGUGGUGUGCGCGCGGUGCCACUCGCUCCGGCACUACGGGCGCGUGAAGGAGCAGGGCGCCGAGAACCUGCUCCCGGACUUCGACUUCGACCGCGCCGUGGCCCCCCGCAUGACCUCCCCCUCCGGCCCCCGCUCCGUCGUCCUCGCUGUCGUCGACGCCGCCGACUUCGACGGCUCCUUCCCCCGCCGCCUCGCCCGCCUCGCCGCCGCCGCGGCCGCCGCCCACUCCGACGCCUGGCGCCGCCGCGCCCCCGCCAACGCCCCCCGCCUCCUCCUCGCCGCCACCAAGCUCGACCUCCUCCCCCUCCCCCACUCCUCCCCCGCCGCCGCCGCGGCGCUCGAGGAGUGGGCGCGCGCGCGCGCGCACGCCGCGGGCGCGGGGCGGGUGGAGGGCGUGCACCUGGUGAGCGCCGCGCGCGGGUGGGGCGUGCGGGCGCUGCUGGAGCGCGCGCGGGAGCUGGCUGGGCCGCGGGGCAACGUGUGGGCCGUGGGCGCCCAGAACGCGGGCAAGUCGACGCUGAUCAACGCCAUGGCGCGGUGCGCCGGCGGGACCGCGACCCACCUCACGGAGGCGCCGGUGCCUGGCACGACGCUGGGGAUCGUGAGGGUGGACGGGGUCCUCGGCGGGCACGCGAAGCUGUUCGACACGCCGGGGAUCCUCCACCCGUAUCAGAUCACGACGAGGUUGACGAGGGAGGAGCAGAAGCUCGUCCACAUGGGCAAGGAGCUCCGGCCGAGGACUUACCGGAUCAAGGCAGGACAUUCUAUUCAUAUUGGUGGCUUGAUACGGCUGGAUGUGGAGGAACUGUCGGUCAAUACAAUCUACAUCACAGUAUGGGCAUCAUCCCUCCUUCCACUACACAUGGGGAAGACCGAAAAUGCAUCUGCAAUGAUGGACAACCAUUUUGGUUUGCAGCUUCAGCCCCCUAUCGGUGAGAAGCGGAUAAAAGAGCUCGGCAAAUGGGUAAGAAAAGAAUUCCGCGUCGCAGGAGACAGUUGGGACGCAAACUCCGUCGAUAUAGCUGCUGCUGGUCUUGGCUGGUUUGCCAUCGGGCUGAAGGGCGAAGCUGUUUUGGGUGUUUGGACUUACGACGGCGUCGACGUAGUAUCGCGAAGCUCCCUCAUCCGCAAAAGAGCAUCCAUCUUCGAAGAAGCUGGGUUCACGGUCUCGAAGAUCGUCUCUAAGGCUGAUUGCUUAUCGAAUAAGGUGAAGCACAACAAAUCCGGAAAGAAGAAGCAGGCCCAAUGCAGAUUAUGCGAAGCUGAUUCGCCGACAGUAAAACCUGAUGAAACUGUGAGUGCUUGAUAUCUCUUGUUGCCUUUGCUUCCCCUUUUUGUGUCUUUUUGUCGCGAUCACUUACAAUCAAAUUCAAACACAUUAAGGGACAGGGAAAACAAGUUGAGGGAGAAAUUGUAGAUGUAGGUGAUAGAUAAGAAAAAUGAAGGGACUUUUAAGUUAUUGAAUUCGCCUCUUUUUGGUUUUUCGCAUAAUCUAAUUCUAUUGAAAAGCACUUCAAACCA